AUGGCGCCGAAGAGGAAACCCGCAAGCGAACCCUCCACCCCCACCGCCGCCAGAGUCACCCGAAGCGCCGCCCGCGCCGCCGUCAGGUCCACCCGCAGCCGCGGCUCCGCCCUCGCGAACGCCGCCUUCUCCGACCCCGAACCCCGCCGGAGGAAGAAGUCCAAGGCCGACGAGGCGGGCCCGUCCUCUGCUCCACCCGCCGCCGGCGCCCCCUCCUCCUCCUCCGCCGCCGCCGCAGGAAAGACCGUGAUCAUCGAGCACUGCUUGCAGUGCGACGCGUACAAGAACACGGCAGCCCAGGUGAAGAGCGGCCUGGAGGAAGCUGUUCCCGGCGUGAACGUCUUGGUCAACCCGAAGAAACCCAGGGAUGGCCGCUUCGAGAUUCUCCAGGAGGGUGGGGAUAUUUUCGUCAGCUUUCAGGAUUUGGAGAGCCCCUCUGUGGCAAUGCAGGCGUUUGACGUGGGCGAGGUCGUCUCCGGCAUUGCUCAGAUGAUUAAGUAG